AACUUGAGUUAGCAAUGCAGUUGGAGCUAUUGAUAUUAAGAUGCUGGUUGAAUGGUGCAUUGUUAGUGUAAAUGUUCUCGGCUAUUUCAUAUUUCCUUGUGUUCCUGCAUAAAGCUUACGUCAUUAGACUGCUGAAAUAGUAUAUUAUGAUUCAGAAGCUGUAAGCUGAAACAGAAUGCCGUCUCUAGUGGAUACCGGCUUUAGUGUUAACAAGGGUAUUUCAGCUCUUGGCGAAGAUGACUUUUCUUGUAGCUUUGGAGAAAUAGAAGAAUUUUACAACACCUCUACGCCAAGCGAGGACAUAUGGAAAAAGUUCGAUCUUCUCACUCCACCCUUGUCUCCAGACAGAAAAAUAGCUCAUGACUAUCGCCUUCCAUUUAAAUACGAUCAGUCGCUGAGUUUUGAAGAAGAAUUUGAUUGUAAGCCUAGCUAUUUAAAUUUAGGGCUGUAUAGUAACUGUACUUGGCUAGGCCUACACAGUGAUUUUGCUCAGGUAAAACAGAAAAAAGGCUUAAAGGCCGAAGUUCGUCAUGAUUGCAUGUGGUCUGGUCAGUGUUCUGGGAGCUGCGUUUACAAAAGUGAUAACGCAGACCAUAGUAAUGUAUCAACGAAAGCUAGUGUAGGUCAAGCAGAUCUAUCAAGAACUAGAGAAACGAUUUCACUUGACCGCGGAAACCAACCUUCGACUCCUUUAGAAGAAGUGGCCAGUGAUUGUGUUGACCCUUCAACUGUGUUAUCGUGCAGUGUAGGUUUCUUUUUGACCGAUCACAGUUAUUUUCAAGCCACUAAAAAAGAUCCACCACUUUCUUCGAAGCAAAAUUCAGACGCCCAGUCCGAUUCAGACGAAGAAAUUGACGUGGUAUCAGUAGAGGGAACUGCACAUCUCACUACACACAUUCGACGCCCACGGAACCUGGCCUGUCCUAUCAGAAAGGGGCUGGCAACCCAGCCGAUGAAACGUCCAGCAUCCCCGGAUUCUGCGAGUAGCGACUCGGGGUUUUCGUGUAGUUCAGUGGCCCCCGUGAAUUCGAAGAAAAAGUUCCGGAUGAGUGGUAGUGUAGUCCGAUCGUCCAGACCGGUUCCCCACAGCCGGUCAUCUUCGGAUUCGGAAGAUCCAGUUAGACGUAAGGAGCACAACAGUAUGGAGAGGAAGCGUAGAGACGAUUUGCGGUUAGCGUUUCAAACUCUUCGCGAGCAAGUGCCAGACCUCAGUGAUAACCCUAAAGCUCCAAAGGUAGCUAUUUUAAAAAGAGCUGCUUUGUUUGCAAACCAGCUUAGUAGCAAUGAGCAGCGCUUAGAAAGGACACUCCAAGCUCAUAUUCAGAGAAGAAACGAGCUACAAAGAAGGCUUCACCGGUUACAAAAGGCUUGUUUAGCUAGAACGAAAAAAUAAGUAGAUAAUAGUUG